AUGGAUAAACAAGAGAAAACAGAAAUUACUUAUGAAUAUACAAGACGUCGUAAGUAUUUUGGAAAGCAAACCCUCUUCGAAGACCAUGGACCAGAAAUGCUUGUUAGUAUACCGUGCAAUCCGGCGUUGUAUAAGAAUUAUAUUCUUCGGAACCCAGUUAAUGUGGCUAUACAAAAUACAGGCACAAUGUCGGAACAUUGGGUUAAUUCUGUGAGAGCAGAAUACACGACUUCCGGUAUAAAUCACGUGGAAGGAGGAUGGCCCAAAGAUAUAAAUAUGAACGACCCUGAAGCGUGUCAGAGGUACAGAAGGAAAAUUGAAAAAGACGAUGCCUAUAUCCAUGCUGUUAUGCAUUUGGGCCAUAGCAUGGAGCACAAUAUACUUCAAAACAACGCAGUGGAUAUGUACCAGACUUAUUACUCAGAGUUGCCUUCCAUUCCUCCCGUCGAACGUAGUAGCUGCCACACCGUCAAUGUGUACAGAGAACCCGGUACCCGCCGUCCGAUAAGAUCUCUCUCUUGGCAAGCGGAAGGAGCUCGCCUUGCCUCAGCACACGCUGAUAUCGACUUUAUGAGGAACAAUAGAAGCUUACAAUUUUCCUACAUAUGGGAUAUAGAAAAUGCAAAUGCUCCGGAACUGAUAAUAAAGCCGCCUCAACCGUUGUUAGAUCUGCAGUACAAUCCGCGAGAUCAACACAUACUUGUUGGCGGAAUGUUAAACGGACAGGUAGGUUGCUGGGAUAUGCGAAAAGGUGGCGAACCAGUCGGCAUAUGCCCCCCACAUGUCGCUCAUAGAGAUCUGGUCCGCAACGUACUUUUCGUUCAUUCAAAAACUGGAUCCGAAUUCAUUUCAUCAUCUCCAGAUGGCGUUGUCAAGUGGUGGGACAUUCGCAGUAUGAACGAACCUACAGAUUCAAUGAUAAUCGAUCUUGUUAAACUACCCUCCGAAACGCAAAGCAUCGAUAGAGCUCUAGGUAUAUCUGCUCUUGAGUAUGAAUCUACUAUACCGACCAGGUUCAUGGUUGGCACUGAAACCGGACUGGUAAUAGGAGGCAAUCGAAAAGGCAAAACGCCUUUGGAAAAACUACCUACCAAAUACGAAGCCCAUUUAGGACCCGUUUACGCACUACAGAGGAACCCAACGUUCUUGAAGAACUUCCUAACUGUCGGUGAUUGGACAGCUCGGGUAUGGAGCGAGGACUGUCGCGAAUCUUCCAUCCUUUGGACAUAUUCACAUAGUACCAAAUUGACAGAUGGUGCAUGGAACCCAAUAAGAUUUUCGCUAAUGCUUGUGACGCAAUGGAAUGGCUGCUUAUCGUGCUGGGAUCUCUUAAGACGUCGAAGUGCACCAAUUGUAACUGCGCAGUUAUGCGACGAGCCCUUACUUAAAGUGCGACCUCAUGAAGGGGGUCUGCUAGUGGCUUGUGGAAGCAGUAAAGGGACGAUAUACUUAGCGGAACUAUCUCAAAAUCUUGGCACAGCAGACAAGAAUGACAAGCAACUACUAACUCACAUUUUAGAGCGGGAGAACAAGCGUGAACGCAUUUUGGAAGCGCGGAUGCGCGAAUUGAGACUCAAAAUGCGACAGGACCGCGACGGGAACCAGCUCACACCAGAAGCUGAUCCAGCUGUUAAUGAUAGAGAUUUGGAAGAAGCUACGACUGAAUAUAUGCAAAUGGUAAGUGAACUGCAGGCGCAACAAAAAAGCUUAUAA